AACACGUCCAAAAGCUUCUAGAUUAAUGCCACAGUAGAUUAGCUGGACCAGUCUCCUCCCUGACCCACACUCACAAAAAACAUCACAGAAUGGCAAAUCAGGACAUUGGCAUCUUCUCCUCCGCACUGGUCAAACUCAGACCAAAUCCAAAUAAUAUUCAUUCUUUUUCACGCUUAGCCGUUGAGUUUCAGUUUCUUCCCCCUCCAUUUCUCAGCGUUUCCCGAAUUUCCAUUCUUUAAUAUUUAUUCCUUUUUAAGUUGAUCCAAACCAAACCCCUAAAAACUAUUAAACCCUUCAUUGACCUUACGCUCUCUUUCCACAAAACCCUCAAAUUCAUUCUUUCUAACAAUGCGUGUCGUUCUGUCCCUCUCACCAUGAACAUAUCGCAGAGCUCCUAUUCUUCCUCGUCCUCCUCCGUCAAUUCGGCCUCCGUCGCCACCGCCGAUCCGAAUGUGAUCUCAAGUCGGAGGAGUGCAGACAGUAGUCAAACCCUGGCUUCUGAGCCGUCGCGUCGUUGGCGUGAUAUUUUCUGGUUGGGAGUAUUUCUAAUUCAAUUGGUUUUAAUGGUAUGUGCGCUUACGGUUCUCGGGCUCAAUAGGUUUAAGAAAACAGAUAGGCUAAACAUAGAUAGGUACACCCAGCCUUUUUUGGAAAAUCAAAGGGGAUUGACGGAGAACUAUUGGCCGCUUUAUGCUCUUGCCGGUGGAGUUGGGACUGUUCUUGGUUGGACUUGGUUGUUGUUCCUCAGUUCUCAAGCGAAUCACAUGAUGAAGGUUGCGGUUCACAUCUUGACUACUUAUCUUGCUGUGAUUAGUGUUCUAUUAUUUUGGAUGGAACAGUUUUUCUGGGGCGUUGCAUUUGCGAUUGGUGCUGUGUUGCAGUUCUUGUAUGUUAUUUCAGUAAUUGACAGACUUCCAUUUACCAUGCUGGUGCUACAAGCAGCUGUCAAGAUGGUAUGGAGUCUACGUGAAGUUAUGAGAGUAGCAUAUGCAUUCAUGCUUAUUAUGCUUCUAUGGAUGGGAAUAUGGUCCUUUGGGGCAGCUGGUGUUGUAGCUUCAAGCAUUGGAGAUGGUGGACGCUGGUGGCUUCUUGUGGUUCUCUCUAUAAGCUUAUUUUGGACGGGUGCUGUACUCUGUAAUACUGUACAUGUUAUAGUUUCUGGGAUGGUGUUUCUUGUACUUAUCCAUGGUGGUAGAGAGGCAUCAUCAAUGCCUCCGAACUCACUGAUGAAGUCUCUUCGGUAUGCAGUCACAACUUCUUUUGGUAGCAUCUGCUAUGGUUCACUUUUCACAGCUGCCAUUCGGACACUUCGGUGGAAGAUCAGGGGACUCCGAUCCAAGAUUGGCAACAAUGAGUGUCUGCUUUGCUGUGUUGAUUUCCUCUUUCAUCUAGUGGAGACUCUUGUCCGUUUCUUUAACAAGUAUGCCUAUGUCCAGAUAGCUGUUUCUGGAAAAAGUUUUAAUCAUUCAGCGAGGGAUGCCUGGGAGUUAUUUCAGUCUACGGGAGUGGAGGCACUCGUAGCCUAUGAUUGUUCAGGUGCUGUUUUGUUGAUGGGCACUCUAUUGGGUGGACUUAUCACUGGUACAUGCUCAGGGAUCUGGACAUGGAUUAAAUAUAGGGACAGGGUGGUUAUGGUGGGGUCCACUGCAAUGUUGAUGGGAAUGGUCUUGGUGGGACUGGCAAUGGUGGUUGUGGAAAGUGCUGUUACAUCUAUUUAUAUCUGCUAUGCAGAAGACCCCUUGUUAAUUCACAGGUGGGAUGCUGAGUUCUUCAACCAGAUGUCAGAGAUGCUACACCAGCGUCUUCAACAUAGGAGUUCGCGGGCGAGGGAAGUGUUAACUCACCAUCGCUUUGAUAACCACACACAAGAAACACUUCCUGCUUGAAAAGUUAACUGCGUUAUAAAAUGUACAAUGUAAUUAACUGCUGUUAGUUACUUAUCCAAUAUGAAUCGUUAUUAUAUGGUUUGAGUUUUGUUAUAGGAUAUAUAAUCUUUGUCACACACAAAAGAGGGAAAACAUGAUAGGUGGGAACUUUGUUUGAAGUUAUUGGCUUUAGGCAGAGGUACGUUCAUGUACCCUCACGGGGUUGGUUCUAGUUGAAGAGAGAAGAAAGUUGAUCAGGUUCCACCAUAUUCAGUUGGAGGUGCUCUCCUAAGGGUUUCGCUGUGAUGCAUUUGAUACUUACAAGUUAUAGUAACAGGAUGUGCCCAUUGGAGGUGUCACUUGUUUUUGUUGUCUGUAACUAGGGUUUUUCUUGGGGGGGUUUGGUCUUGGUUAUAUUUAACUCGUGAAUUUCUCAAAUCAUGGAUAUAUUUGAUCCCGUCAUGUUGAGAUGCA